AUGGCCCAAGUUGACUCAAAAAAAGGCCCUGUUACAUAACUCAUGUCGUCACAUAGGACAUUGAUGGUGGUGUGAAGCAGGUUACAAACACACGUGUGUAUGUGACUGCCAUUAGAAUACUAGGGAAGCUUGUAUGUCUUCCUUGUUGCCUAUACUCGGCAAGCUUAUUCUAAGCUCUGGUUUUCGACCGAAUAACAUCACUUGUCAAAGACUCUUGAGAACAACGAAUAUAAUCAUGAGCCAGGACAAAUUCCAGGGCAAAUCCGAUCGAUUUCGUGGCAUCACCGUGACUUCCCAUGAAGAAGUUUGCCCUAGUGAUCAAUUUGAGGGCAAACUUCAAGUGUCCUUAUCUGAUUGGAAGCAAAACGGUGUCCGUGGAGUUUGGUUUUAUGUUGGCUUGGAGCAAAGUGAUUGGGUCCCUGUAUUGGUGAAAAACGGAUUCAUUUUCCACCAUGCUCGACCAGACCGAGUUGCAUUAGUGAAAUGGUUACCGGAGGAUCAAGAUAAUCAGAUUCCUCCCUAUGCUCAUCAUAUGGUCGGAGUGGGUGGGAUGGUGAUCAAUGAGAAGGAUGACAUCUUGGUGGUCCAAGAAAAGCACAGUUUUGGACCCCAUUGGAAACUGCCGGGAGGUUACGUGGAUCCCGGAGAGAAUUUCGCCGAAACAGCGGUUCGUGAAAUCAAGGAGGAAACCGGAGUUGAUACAGAGUUCAAUUCCGUAAUAGCUUUUAGGCAUUCCCAUAACUACAAUUACGGUUGUUCAGACAUUUACGUCAUCACUCAUUUGACUCCCAAAGUCAGCGAGAUCACGAAAUGUGACCGGGAAAUUGCGGCCUGUCAAUGGAUGCCUUUGACCGAGUACAUGGAACAUCCAUUGGUUCACGAGACCAACCGUUUCUUCGCUCGCAAGUUCCUCGAGAACCGUCGAAUGGGCGUGGCGAUCACUCUUCACGAAACCAUGCUCAAAAUCAAGCAGUUUGAGCGCAAACAAAACAUUUACACCCUCGGCGUGACCGGCAACGAGCCAAGCAAGGCAAACCUUUAGUUCGAACACGGAUGAAUAAACAGACCAUGCACCUACCCGCGAA